CAAAACAAAAUCAAAUACAAUUUAAUCAUAAAGAAAAUGAAGUAGCAGUAUAUAAACACACCUCUCUCAUUUCUCACCCUAGAAAAAGUUAAACCAAGAAAAUAGGUGGAGAUCUACACGAAACGACGUCGUUUUUCGGCCAUUGAAUCUCCACACAGAAGAAAAAGAACAAGAUGAAGGCUUCGGGAACACUGGUUGCCUCGGUGUUGGCGGCAUCCACCGUAGCUUUCGGUUCCUCCGCCGGAACACGCGAUGUUUCUCUAGAUUCUUCUUCCAAUCAGGACUUUUCUUCGUGUUCGGGAAGGAAAAGCUCGCCGAAAACGACGUCGGAUAAGGAGAAAUUUUCGCCUAGGUUCGACGGCUUGAGGUUCAUAGAAACGUUGGUUACAGCUCACAGAUAAGCUCGGCUCGGCUCGGCUCGGCUAGGCUAGGGUGUUCGUUGGGUUAAGGCCUACGUGUCUAACUAUUCUUUUUUGUGGCUGUAAGAAAAAGAAACCAUUUUUAAAUUUGAUUUGUUGGUUUUUUUUUUUUAAAAAAAACAAAUUAUUAAUGGAAGAGUGUUUUUGGUUGUUGUUUAUUACAAUACAACCCAGUUUUGCCGUACAAGUGAUUUUGUGUUUGGUCUGAUAAUUAAUUUUAUUUUAUAUUUAAAAACGAUAUUUUCUUA